CCGUUCCUUGAGAGACAAAAUUCUCCUUAAUAAUUAUAAUAAUUAUUAUAUAUAAUAACAAAAAGCUAUUUUCAAUUUACUUUUUUUCUUUAUUUCUUUUUUUAUUAUUUGUGGUAGGUAAAGAAUAAGAACAAGAAGAAGGAGAAGGAGAGGAAGAGGAAGCUAGCUCGUUUUCUUUUAUCUAAUAGCAUCAAAUUCUUAUCAACAAUCUGGCUACAGAUAGGCCAGCAUCUUUUAUACCUGUUAGGAUUUGGGUUUUCCUAAUUGGCGAAGAUUUUGGUUCACUCUGGCCGCUGCAGCAAAUUCUAACUCUUCUCGCACCUCCUCUAGGUGGGUGUGGGGUGAUAUUAAUGAGACAGUGAUUUUGCUUUGUGUUUUGAGGAGAUCAAGGUCAUCCCAUGUUUGGAGGUUGUGUCGUGUUUCUGAGGGUCUGUCUCUUGAUUAUGGCUAAGGUCUCCUUUUGCUAGAUCCCCCUAGGCUUUUUGUUGUUUCAAAAUUUUACAUAUUAAUCAAUACUCAGAAUAGAAAAGUUGUGACCGUUAGUAAGUUUUCUUGUAAUGUAAAAAAGAGUAGAUUUGAAUGUACUCAGUAUUGCCGCAAUGGUUAGAUUUUCGUGCUUCAAUGCUCAUAUCUAUUCCCAUAAAUCGAAGAGAACUGUUGAAGCAAUGCAUAAAACUUUACAAGAUUCAUCUCAGAUUAAAGUCCCUAUGGUAUCAUCUAAAGCUGCAAGCUUAGAAUCAUUACAUUUGAAUGAACAAGCCAAUUAUGAUAAUGAUGGCAGAACAAAAGAUGUACCAAGCUGUGUGAUUUCUGAACGAGGCUGGAAAUCAGAGGAAAUUAAGGGCAAAUUGGAUAUGGAAAAUGACACAGGAAUCCAUCAGAAAGGCCUUGUUAAGAAAAGUCAGUCUUUAGGAAGUGCCCUAUGCCAUGAGGGAAGGGUUCAUUUUGAUGAUGAGAUAGAGGAUGAAAUUGACCAAGGAUUUUCCAGUGAAUCCCUUGAACAGAAUGGAUUGGUUGGACGAGAUGGCACCAAUGCACGAGGAGUAAGCCCAGUCAGUCAGCAGGAAAAUGCUCCACAAUCGGAGUCUGUUCAAGUAAGUUCUGAACUAGUCAACAAUAAAUCUAUUUUCUCAAUUGGAGAGCCUCAGCAUUUAGAGCAGGAAGACCCUGCAAAUUCAGAAAUUCUGUUAUCUGGUGAAGGUGCCAAUGAGUCCUACAACCAUACACCUCGCACACAUUUGAUGUUGGCAAAAUCAAGCUCUAUGCCUAAUAUGGGUCCUUCCUUGCUCUUUCCUGGUGGAUGUUCUUAUAAUUAUAUGGCGCCUCAUUCAAGAUCUUCUGAGGACCUAAGUAUUUUAUGCAUGAGGUGGAAAGAGGUUUCAUUUCAUGAAGUUGAGAAGAGGGAGAUUCAAGAACAUGAAAGAAAUGAUAGUGGUUGUAAAACAGAGAAAAUAAAUUUUGAAAAUUCUCUUGAUGAUGGUUAUGAUUCUUACAAUUAUUCAGCUUUGGCAAAAGACUGGAUAGUUCCUGUUACAGAUGAGAUAACUUCGGUAAAACGCUUCCAAGGAGAGUCCUUGAUUCAGCAGGCUGACGAAUUACAGGGCAAGGAUUUUAAAAUUAAGCGCAUUGAGGAGUGGGUCAUUGAUCUUCAACACUGCAAUCCAUUGGAAGAAACAAAUGAACUAUCAGAUAGUAUUCACCCACUGAAUAGAGAUUCCAAUGUCAUGAAUGGUUUGACGGCUAUAAAGAGGGAUAAUAAGGUUACUCCCGGCAUGGAGACUGCUAAAAGAUAUAUCUCUUCUUUGGGUGCCUCUGCUACCACAGCUCAGCUGUCAAAUCAUGGGUUGGCGGUGAUUCCAUUUCUUGGUGCAUUUGUUAGUCUGAGGGUGCUGAAUUUAUCUGGAAAUGCCAUAGUGAGGAUAACUGCUGGUUCCCUUCCUCGAGGGCUUCAUGUGUUGAAUCUGUCAAAAAACAAGAUUUCCACUAUUGAGGGUUUACGUGAACUCACCCGGCUUCGUGUGCUGGACUUGAGCUACAAUCGGAUAUUCAGAAUUGGCCAUGGUCUGGCUUCUUGUUCCUCCCUGAAAGAGUUAUACUUGGCGGGAAAUAAAAUAAGUGAGGUAGAGGGUCUCCACCGCCUCUUAAAACUAACUGUACUGGAUCUGCGUUUUAACAAAAUCUCCACAGCCAAAUGUCUAGGCCAACUGGCAGCUAACUACAAUUCCUUGCAAGCCAUCAGCUUGGAAGGGAAUCCAGCUCAGAAGAAUGUUGGAGAUGAACAACUCAAGAAAUAUCUGCAAAGCCUUCUUCCUCAUCUUGUUUACUUCAAUCGGCAGCCAAUCAAGGUCAGCACAUUGAAGGAUGCUGCAGACCGAUCAGUGAGGCUAGGCAUCAAUGCCCAUCAAUUCGAUCGUGGCAUCAGAUCGGACAACAAAGCUGCCCGAAAGGGUAGCCAUGGUCUAGGUGGCACUAGACCAACAUCUUCAUCAACUCAUGGCCGUAAAAGUCAGGCUCUGGUCUCACCAAAGCCAUCCAGGGGUAGGCAUGCCCGUCUGCCACCAACUGGAACUAAAGCAAUUACUGGCCAUCGGCAUCAUUAUUUUGAUAUCGGCAGCAAACUCCUUAACUUAAGAUCGGAGCUCUCUAUUCGCAGGAGUCGAAGUGAGGGAACUCUGGGAGCCCUGUGAUUAAUUGAAGUGUCUUCAUCUUAGCCAAGACAAACAAAAAGCAGUGAUCAAUCAUCAAGAUUAUUUUAGAUAUUGGUAGCAAUGUUCAAUUACUCAUGGUGAGCAACUCCUGGAGCACUAGAUUAUAUCUUUAUCAUUGAUUUCAGAAUCCUCCUGCUCUAUCAGUUGCAGUUGUGAAUUUCUAUGACGUCAUUAUUGUUUCUUUGAUAUUAUUUGUGUGAUGUGAACAGCACAUUUGCUUUUGUUUAUGAUUCAAUAAAUUGCAUCAUUGCUGAA